ACAGAAUUGAGGAUUUCUGUCCGCUUCGAGACUCCUUUCCUCUCACGAUCUUGAAGCUUAAUGACCUGGUCAUAAUCUCCUCAUUACAGUCUUAUGCACUUUAUCUUGAUUAUCUGGCACAUUCUGCAUCAAAAUAUUCCUUUCAUUGUUAGGAACCCGCAUCACAACUUUGCUCUCCGCCAAGACCACACCCCCCAUCCUUGAAUUUGGUGGGAGAAGCAAUCUUGAAGCCUUUACCGAGCUGGAUUAGGAUCAACACGACAUUAUUUACAUUAUGACAAACUAGUAACGAUACCAUUGAACCCGUUCUCAUUAAUAGAUCUCACGUGAGAGGCUUGACUUCUGCAUCGCGUCAGAGUUUUCUUCGGUCACUUUUUCGUCUCUACUUCUCGGUCACAGUUUAUCGUCAUGGCUACGCAAAAAUUAGUCAUUGGUGUAGAUGUCGGUGGGACGAACACCGACGCAGUUCUCCUUGAGCCCACUAAGUCAGGACCCGCAGCUGUCAUAUCAUCGUUCAAAGCCACAACAGGUACAGAUGUCACGACGGGAAUUGAAGAAGCAAUUCGGACACUCCUCGAGCAAGCCAAUGCUUCUCCAUCCAGUAUAGCUAGUCUGAUGAUUGGGACUACACACUUCAUCAACGCCGUUGUAGAACGAGACACCUCGAGACUUGAGCCCGUAGCCAUCCUUCGCUUGGCUGCUGGAGACUACAUGAAAAACACCCCACCAUUCAUCGACUUUCCUCCGGCUUUGACGAAGAUCAUCAAUGGCUAUGGUGCCAGAAUAUCUGGAGGCGUCCAGAUUGACGGUUCAGAGAUCGGACCAAUCAAAGAACAUGAGAUAAUCGAACAUGCAAAAAUCAUCAAAGCGAAAGGACUUCAGAAAAUUGCAGUUGUUGGUAUCUACUCGCCCUUUCAUGAGAAGUACAAGCAAGAAUACCACGUUCGCGAUGUUCUCAAGAAAGAGCUUGGAGAUGACGUAGAAGUUGUUUGUUCGAGGGACAUCGCUGGCGUCGGUAUCUUGGCUCGAGAAAAUGCAGCCAUUCUGAACGCAUCGAUCCUUCACUUCGCCAAAAGAACAAUCAACGGUUUCAAGCGAGCUAUGAAGCGUCUCGACUUGAAAUGUCCCCUCUAUCUGACAUCCAACUCCGGUCAACUUUUAUCAUCCCAAGAAGCAAUGCUAUUUCCGAUCCAAAUCUUCGCAUCCGGAGCAACAAAUUCUAUCAGAGGUGCUUCAUUCUUGUCUUCAGCAGGUAAGCAGACAGAGAGCCGAUACGUGAUUGACAUUGGAGGAACCACAACAGAUAUCGGCUGUCUUCUUCCAAGUGGCUUCCCUCGACUGGCCAGCGCAUCAACAGAGAUUGGCGGGGUAAGAGUCAAUUUUGCAAUACCUCAAGUUGAAAGUAUUGGCCUUGGAGGAGGAUCACUCGUGCACGUUCCUGAAAAGAAAGCGGGAAGGUUCAGUAUAGGACCAGACAGCGUUGGUCAAGCUCUGAGGGAGAAAGCGAAAUGUUUUGGUGGCGACUCGUUGACAGCGACGGACAUCAUGGUCGCAGCUGGAGUGGCUAAAGUGGGUACCUCAACCCCUGAAGUCCUGCUGGAAACGAUAGAGGCGGCGAGGAAAAAGAUGAAGAUCAUGAUUGAGGAUCUGAUUGAUAGGAUGAAGACAUCGCCAGAGCCAUGCAAUCUGUUACUGGUAGGAGGUGGUGCCUUUCUGUGUCCUUCAGAAUUGGUUGGAGUUGCUUCAAUUGAGGUACCCGAGCAUUCUGGGGUCGCCAAUGCCGUGGGAGCUGCAGUUGCUGAGAUUGGGGAGGCCGCGGAAAUUAUGGUCGACAACGAUAAAAAGGACACCACAUUGAUUGAGGUCAAGGCAAAGGUAAUCGCUGCUGCCGUAGCCAGAGGAGCAAAAGAGGCCGAAAUCCGGAUCAUCGAAGAAGAUGUUUCAGGAAUUCCAUACAUCGAAGGAAAAUCCAAGAUCGUGGUGAAAGUGGUUGGACCUGUGGACUACGGCCGCUUCUUGAGCAACCCUGAAGUCGAUAGUCCUGAAUCAUCUACUGACGAGGUCUAUGACGAAACGAAAAAGUGGGAAAUUGAGGAUGUCAAGGCUUUCACUGAAUCAAAUAUUGACCAUGAGACGUACAGGCCACACAUCGAUAACAGUCGAGUCUGGCAUCUGUCAGAGACAGACGCCUACUACAUCUCUAUCGGUUGCUAUAUUCUUGGCUGUGCAGGUGGAGGGGCACCUUACGGCUCAUAUCUGGAGCUUCGACAAGUCCUGCGUGAUGGUGGGGAUGUCACGAUCAUUGAUAUCGAAGAUUUAGCAGAAGAUGCUCUGUGUGGACCAGUAGCUGGAAUGGGAAGUCCAGUCAUUGCCAUCGAGCGACUUGGUGGAAAUAUGAUUGGUGAAGCUUGGGAGGGUAUGCAGCAGCAUCUCGGCGUCACUUUUUCAGGAGUGAUGGCUGCAGAAAUUGGUGGUUCUAACGGAUUUGCCCCUCUACACAUUUCAAAUGCUUACAAGAUUCCUUGUGUCGAUGCCGAUGUUAUGGGCCGAGCAUUUCCAGCUUUCGAGAUGAGCUCUCUCUUCAUAGGAGCCAAGGAUGAUGACAUCAACCAUCUGCUCCCCGUCUGUUUAGCAAGUGGCGAUGGGACGACUAUGACAUUCAGCACAUCAAAAGAUGCACUUGCUGUGGACAAAGUUCUACGAGCAAUCUGCAUAACCAUGGGUCUUGCAGCAGGUAUAUCCGCUCGCCCAUGUACCAAGACCGAACUCCAGCAAUUCAGCAUCCCCAGAUCCCACUCUCUAGCCUGGCGUCUCGGCCGUGCCGUCGUACGAGCUCGCGCCAAGGGCACAAUCGCAAAUGUCCACCACGACCUGAUCACAGAGUUCGGCGGUCCCCGAACAGCGAAGAAAGUCUUCGAGGGUAAGAUCGUGGGUGUCGGAAACACGACUUACAAAGGUCAUAGCUAUGGUAAGCUCAUCAUUGAGAAGCUCAAGGACUAUGAGAAGGAGAGUGAGGCGGGUGAGAGUGACGACUUGGGACCGGAGAAAAUCGAAAUUCCAUUCAAGAAUGAGAAUCUGCUUGUUGAGGCGUUUUAUAAAACUGGAGAGAAGCAGAUCCUGACGAUGGUUCCUGACCUCAUCAUGGUGCUCGACACGCUCACAGGCGAGGCUUGCGGUGUGCCUGAGUAUCGAUAUGGUCUAAAAGUCACGGUUAUCGUUGCUGCUGCUCAUCCAUUGUGGACGAGUAAGCGUGGUCUGGAAAUUGCUGGACCCAAGGCAUUCGGAUAUGACUUCGACUUUGUGCCUUGUGGAACAUACAAGGGUGUAACGAGUGUGAUAGAUGAGUUUAGACCUAGAAGCUAGAGUUAAUCAUAAUCAAGCGUG